CCCAGGUUUACAUGCCUCGACGACAAAAUUAUGCCCCUAAAUCAUGGCCUAGUUCUGGGACAGUUUCGGUUAGGCUGUCUCUCCAGGGCCCGUCACAACCGUUACAACCUGCAUUCCACCAGAGGGCGCAUCCAACCCGCAUAGCUUCCGGCAGUUCAUCAGCAGGGAACACGUAAAGGCUGACAUAGUUAGACCCAAUGCAGCUUCCGUACCCUCCUCCCGGCAAGUACACAGGAAGUAGAAUAGGCGUUUGGGGACUCAGGGCUUGGAUCAGGGAAGAGGCUGGACCGCUGAGUUGCUCUCGCAGAACCCCGCUCGCCUGUGGCUCUAGUCUAGGCCUUUGUCCGGGCCGGCGGCCGGCUCCCGGCACAAGUUUCGUGGGAAGCAUGGCCGAAUACUCCUACGUAAAGUCCACCAAGCUCGUGCUCAAGGGAACAAAAGCCAAAAGUAAGAAGAAAAAAAAAGAAAAGAAGAGAAAAAAAGAAGAGGAUGAAGAAACCCAACUUGAUAUUGUUGGAAUAUGGUGGACAGUAGCCAACUUCGGUGAUAUUUCGGGAACCAUUGCCAUUGAAAUGGAUAAAGGAACCUAUAUCCAUGCACUUGACAAUGGUCUUUUUACACUGGGAGCCCCACAUAAAGAAGUUGAUGAAGGUCCUAGUCCUCCUGAGCAGUUUACUGCUGUCAAAUUGUCUGAUUCCAGAAUUGCCCUGAAAUCUGGCUAUGGAAAGUAUCUUGGUAUCAAUUCAGAUGGACUUGUUGUUGGACGUUCAGAUGCCAUUGGACCAAGAGAACAAUGGGAACCAGUGUUUCAAGAUGGGAAAAUGGCCUUACUGGCCUCAAAUAGUUGCUUUAUCAGAUGCAAUGAAGCAGGGGAUAUAGAAGCAAAAAGUAAAACAGCAGGAGAAGAAGAAAUGAUAAAGAUUAGAUCCUGUGCUGAAAGGGAAACCAAGAAAAAAGAUGACAUCCCAGAAGAAGACAAAGGGAAUGUAAAACAGUGUGAAAUCAACUACGUAAAAAAAUUUCAGAGUUUCCAAGAUCAUAAACUUAAAAUCAGUAAAGAAGACAGUAAAAUUCUUAAAAAGGCUCGGAAAGAUGGAUUUUUGCAUGAGACACUUCUGGACAGGAGAGCCAAGUUGAAAGCUGAUAGAUACUGCAAAUGACUGGGAUUUUUGUUUCGGCCUACUCUUUUUGUUUUUUCUGAAUAAAAUACUCGGUGGUAGUGCUUUAUACAAU